AUGAGUACGCCGAAAAUUCGCGGCAAGUCUGCAAUCCACAUCAACGACAGUAUCAUUGGCACUGGCGCCGGGACGGGUGGUGGUGUUGCUGGUGGCGGUGGAUGUGUUGCAGGGACAGCCCAACACAAUGCCUUGCUGAAGAUCGAAUCCGUAGUGCCAAAGCUUACCAGCCGGGGCACGAACGCGGUCGUGCUGGCCGCGGGUCACUCGAGCCGGUUGCGUACCUUCCAUCGUUCCCACAGCACGCUCAGCUCGUCGUACCUGAAGAAGGUCAGUGCGGCCGCGGCAAUUUCCGACCACCAUCGGCAGCAGCGAAUCUUUGCCCCGCGUCCUGAGGCCAUCGCCGAACGAGUCCUUCCCACUGCCGGGUGCUACGAACCGUCCCCCGUUGAUGCGGCGACACAACACACCGAAACGCCACCGCUGGUCGACAGUACUCUGAUCGUCCAGAAUGGCGUCUCUAGUAUUCGGCGUUCGCAGAAAGACCGAGAGAAGCACCCGGAUCGUGUCAACUUGGACCGGAAGGGACUCAGUUCGAUACCGAUCAUCGAGGAGGAACCGAACCUUCGAUUGCUUUCGCUCCAGCACAACCUGAUCAACUCCUUCCACAUCCCUCCGGACGCCGAUCCGAACAACAACCUUCAACCCACUGCGCCAAAUCACGCAGGCUCCCCUACGGGAUCUCACUGUGUGGUGAACGGUGGUGAGUUAAGGCCCUCCGCGGCGGUCUACAAUGGUAGCAGUCCACCGACUCCUACCAAACCGUCCCCAACCGGAACACCAACAAAUGGACCCACGGUGACGUCGGUCACGACAACCCACAAUGGAUCAUACGUCCCCAGUACGAUCAGCGCUGCCAGUGGCAAGUCCGUUAAGCAAUUCCUUCGCCAGAAGUCGACCUCCCGAGGGCAACUGCUGAUGGGUCAAAAUUUGGGCACCUUAGGAACUGGCGGACCGGGCAGUGGACCCUCGGCGAGUUUCAUACAGAGCAAGAUGACGAUCGGUAGCAAGCAGACUGUUUCACAAGUCACACAGGCACUGCCCGGGAUGCCCGGGAGCUCCGUGCCGCUCACCGUAUCGCCUCACCUUCAGAAACCUUCCACACACGGGUCCCCGAACGCACCGAUCGCCAUUACGGCGCAGCAGAAGAGUUUACUUAAGAAGUCCAAUAGCUUCAUUGGAGGCCCAAGUAUGUUCCUCACCGGUGGUGGCGCAGGACAACCACCGACGGCCUCGGGAGGUACGAAUGGGUUGCUCAAGAUGCGCGCCGGAAAGCUGCUUCUGGUGCCCUCGUUUAGCAUAGACAACCUGAGCAAUAUCAGUGAAAUCGCUCCGGGUGAACAGGAUUGCUGCAAUGGGCACUCGAGCAGUAAUGGAAGCGCCGGAAAUAGUGGUAAAACAACCCCUACGAACGGACAUGCUCCAAUGGGGACGACUACGCCCAUCGCCCCGGAGGGAGUGGCGACCGCUUGUGCGAUGCUCGGAACGCGCUACAACUUGGGGAACCUUGUGUUUCUCGAUCUGUACGACAAUCAGAUCGAGAAGAUCUCCUGCCUGGACGGACUGAAGAGCCUUACCGUGCUGCUGCUGGGGAAAAACCGAAUAACUGACAUUGGGGGGCUCGUGUCACUGAAGAGCACACUCCGGGUGCUCGAUCUUCAUGGUAACAAAAUUAGCAACAUCACCGGCAAGAUCAACCAGCUGCAGGAGCUAAAGUCGCUUAACCUCGCCGGGAAUGCGCUGCGUCAGAUACAGAUGCAGGACUUCGCGGGGUUGUUCAGCCUGAAGGAGCUCAACCUGAAGCGCAACCGCAUCAAAAAGAUGGGUGGCUUCGACGACCUGCACAACCUCGAGCGACUCUGGCUGUGCCACAACGAUCUGCAGUGCGUCGAGGAUAUGUCGGCGAUCGCGAAAGCGAUCAACCUGAAGGAGGUGACGAUCGAAAACAAUCCCGUGUCGUUGGCCGGAGACUGUGUGUCGUUCUUGGUAAGCUACCUCCCCGGGUUGGUGUCACUCAGCCAGAUGCAAAUCACCGAGCAGGUGCGCCGGGCAGCGUCCGCUUGGCGCAAAAACAAGGAGCUUUCCGAUAGUAAGUACUCCAACCUGACGUCGGACGUGUGCCAGAGCAUCAGGCGGGAGGAAAUCAUCUCGAACGCACGCACCAACUGGGAGCUGCUCCGAUCGCAACAAUCCACGGUGAUCGCACGUGGUGCCCAACGGCUCGGAACCACCAAUGGGACGACGGGAAAGGACGGCCUGGAGUUGGAUAUUGCUGGAACCGUACCAUCGGAACAUGGCACACCACCGGCGGGUGGAAAACUAUCACGAAAGGUAAAUACCUCCGGCGUCGUAAACGGAGCAAGUCAAACAAACGGCAGCAGACCACCGAAAGCUACCAACGGGAGGAAAACGGCCACACGGAAACUGGUGCGAUCUUCAUCGCAGGACAAUUCCGGUUCGCAGCUUUCCGAGCAGGGUGGUGAGGAGUACUUCCGGCUACCACCGAUCCUUGCACCUUUUCUAGAUCAAUCCACGUCCACUAAGGCGGAGAGUGAAUGCACGCUGACGUCCGGGGUUGGGGCACAGGCCGACUCGAGCGUAUCGAGUGGUUUCAGUUCCGACAACGAGGAACAACUCAACCCAAAGGAUUUGGAUAAGGAGCUGGAAAAGGAAACAACUCUAGUGGCGUGUAGUGCAAGUUCGACGCCGGAAAAAGAACCUGAAACUCCCUCGUUUCCGGUGGUGGAGCUAACGGAGGAGGAACCGAUUACGAAAAACAUUGCAGUCUCCAGUCCAAGCGAAACUCCAGCAAAGGAACCAGCUCCGCCGAAUGUUGAAGAAUCGACGUUGAAGCUCCCCCCGCCAAUGCCCCCAGAUGACCGACCACCGGAGGUUCUCCCAGAAGUGGUCAACCUUGAAAAGCUGUCGACCCUUUCCACGAUCUCCACCAAGAGCGGAUCGGAAUCAGUGAUCACAAAUGCGUCCUCAAACUCUGACUCUACCGGAUCUACGACGGACUCGACGGGUAGCGGUCCGGGUAGUGGAACGAAUGGCAGCGGAGGACCGAUUGGAACCAGCGGAAGAUCGCACAAAGCAAAACUGAACGCGUCAAACAAGCGAUAUGGCACGGGAACAUUAGCCCGAACACAGACGGCCCGUAACGCGACGGUCAUGCCUGGGCACGUCACAAGCCUAGCGAAUUCAUCCAACCUUGCUAACUCCGGUGGUACAGGGAACCCUUCGACCUCGGGGGCCAAUUCCAACGGUGCAUACUCCGGGAUUCCGAGUAGCAACUACGGUCCACCGAUGCCUUCCGGUGGUGGAAAGUCGGGCAAGUCCGGUGAACGGGAACGAGAACAGGGUGGUGAUUACCUGAUAGAAAUCUGUGGCCGCUACCUGAACGUGUACGGGCUUGGGGCGCUCCGGUUCAUCGACAAGCAGUGGAACAUGCAAAAGGCGUGCGAUGUCCAUACGGUGAAGUUUAGCUACAUCAACUUCAACAGCAUCACGGCGAUCCUGUGCCGGAUCAAGGUGCGGUUUGUGAACGCGGAGAACUUUAUCUUCCGCGAGACCAACAUCACCUGCCUCGGGCAGAUAAACGCGCUCGCCGAAAGCCAAGGCAUCGCGUCGCUCACGAUCGAUCCGGAGGGUAACCCGCUGGCGACGAAACCGUGGCGUAGCUACGCCAUCUAUCGCCUCUCGCACUGGGGCCUGAAGCAGGUGAACGCCAUCGAGGUGACGGCGGAGGAGGUCCAGACCGCCGAGGCGACGUACGCCGGGCUGUCCGAUCUGGUGCUAUGGUCCCUCCCGGAGGGACUCCUGCAGCCACUUCUGCAGCGGUUGCGUCUCGAGGAAACGGCGCACGCUUCCAAGAUGACGGCCAAGGAGUGGCUGAUGCAGGCCGACCCAUCGCUCAAGAACAUCGUCGGCAAGGAGGCACUACAGUGGAAGAAGCACAGCACCACGCAGGACGACACGGUGAUGCGCGCCAAAGGGAAGGCCUACUUCGGCAAGAUGCUCGAGAACACGUGCAACGCGGUCGAGAAGCUGCAACGGCUCGAAACGAUGUGGCCCUCGUUGCUGCUGGAAAUGAUCCGCAACACGCUGAUCGACUACUCGCAGAUCGACGUCUACGUCAAGGGGAUGCUGGUGGAGUUACUGAAAUAA